CGGUCAUCGCAUCUCUAAGCGGGCGCUCCGGCCUACCAGUACUACCAAAUUCAGGGAUCCACUUGUACCGACAAUUGUUGCCGCCGAACCCUGAACAAGAUAGACAACACAUGCAGGGGUUCUCCGUUCGUCUGUUUGUGAUGGAGCCUCUGGCAAAUGAGUACUCCGCUUGACCUGUCUUGCCUGGUUCUCUUUCACGCUUGUUUGGGGGUUGGUCAAAUGGGGUAUUGAAUAUUCUUGACCUUCUAACGACAAUCAUUCAUCUGGUCUACUUCUUCCUAUUCCCCAGGGCUGGACAGAUGUGUUGUUACCUGGAGUUUUGGUCUUUCGUCUUUUCGCCGCAACCCCAACUUUUAGCCUCUUAAUAUUCGGAAGACUGAAAUCAACCUCUGUCAUCAUGAGGCUACUCGGCGCCCUCCUAUUAGCCCCAGCGGCGGUAUCGGCGACGAUUUCUUUCGAGUUGAUGAGAUCAACAUCGGACAGCCCUCACCUUGGCAAACGCAGCACCUUUGUGGAGAGUAUGGCAAACAACAUAACAGGCGGUGGCUAUUACCUCGACGUCAAGGUCGGAACCCCGGGCCAAGAUGCUCGCAUGCUACUUGAUACGGGCAGCAGUGAUGCCUGGGUAGUGUCAAGCAGGGCGGAUCUCUGCUGGACCCCGAGGUUGCAGCAGCAGUACGGGGAUAACUGCGGUAGCACUUACAACGAGACCAAGAGCUCAACAUACUCGCUAAAAGAGCGCGGUGGCUUUCAGAUCAAAUACCUCGACGGCUCGGCGGCUCGCGGCGACUACAUCAAGGAUGACUUCACCAUUGGCAAAGUAACCAUCAAGGGACUUCAGAUGGGUGUUGCGAGCACUACCGUUCGCGGCUCGGGGAUCCUGGGCGUCGGGUUCAGCUCGCAUGUCGCCGCCAAGCAGCCGUACCCCAACAUCAUGGACGAGCUGGUGGCGCAAAAGAUCAUACAAGCCAAGGCCUACAGCUUGUGGCUUAACGAUCGGCGGUCGCCGUCCGGCCGCAUCCUAUUCGGGGGUAUCGACACGGCCAAGUUCAUAGGGGCGCUGAAGGUGAUACCGUUGAUCCCGGACGUGACGACCAAGAACAUCACCAGCUUCACCGUCGCCUUGAGCGGCUUCGACAUUGAGCUCAGCAACAAGACCAAGACCAAGAUCGACUUGCGCAACGCCAGCAACCCGACGCUGCUGGACUCGGGCACUACGCUCUCCUACCUCCCAGCCGCCAUGGCGGAGAAGGUCUUUGGCAUGUUCGGCGCCGUCGAGGACAAGAACAUCACGGGUCUGACUUACAUCAGCUGCGACUACCUGCAGAAGGAAAAGGACAUGCUCAUGUCCUUCACCUUUGCCAAUGACGGCGGCACCAUCAAGGUCCCUAUGUACGAGAUGGUGCUGGACGUGGUCCGCAACCUCGCCGGAUUCCAGGCCCCUCCCGGUCUGCCCUUCAAGGACGUGUGCCUAUUCGGGAUCCAGUCGACGGGCCAGUUCGCGCAGCAGUACAACUCGCUCGAAGGGGCCGACUUUACCCUCCUGGGCGACACCUUCCUGCGCUCCGCCUACGUGGUCUACGACCUCGACCACAACCAGAUCGGCAUCGCGCAGGCCAACCUCAACGCCACCGACAGCAAGAUUGUCAACCUGACGUCGACCGAGAGCAGCCUGCCGCGCCUCACGGGCGUCGCGAGUCAGGUUGUCAACACGGCCAUCAUGACCACAGUCACGGGCGCCGAUGGGCUGCCGACCGUGACCACGACCGACGUGCCCGGCGCGCCCGAUAGCGAAAAUGCUGCGGCGGGUCGAGUGUUUUUGGGCCUCGGUAGGGAGGUUGCUUCUCUCGUUGGCAUGUGGACCCUCUUUGGUUUGUUUGGAGGCGUCUUUUUCGUCUUGUGACCUUUUUGAAUAAACAAAAAAAAAAAAAGAAGAGAAAAAGAAAAACGGACAAUGACAAAAAGAGAAAUGACACCUACGAUUUAUUUGCGAGCGCAGU